UCGAGCGGAGCGGUGGAGAGCGAGGAGGAGUGGGGCAGCGAGACGCGGCUGGUGCCCACCGAGGUGUGGGAGGAGGAGCCGGUCGAGAGACUCGAACACCGGACCGUCACCGAGGAGAGGAGUGUGCCGCAGGUCAAAGCGCUGUACGCGUUCACCGGCCAGGGCAUAUCGAUGGCCAAGGGCGAGGUGAUGUUCCUCAUGAACAAAACUAACCCCGACUGGUGGUCGGUGCGCAAGGCGGACCGGACGGACGGCUUCGUGCCGGCCAAUUACGUGCGAGAGAUUGAGCCGAGGCUCGUGCCGGUGCAAGUGCGUCGGCCAGAGAAAGUGCGCACAGUGCAGCGCGUCAAGAAGACGGUGCUGGUGAAGCAGGUGGUGCCGGUGCGGCGCGCGAGUGCGCCCGCGCGCCGCCGCGCCGCCGCGCUCGCCGCGCCGCCCGCGCCGCCCGUCGCCGAGCGGAUGGACCACAUCGAGCGCCAGUACGAUGAACUACUCAAACUGUCCGAGUCGCGUCGCGCUCAACUCGAGGACGCAAUCAAGUUGUACAGCUUCUUCGCGGAGUGCGACGACUUCGACAAGUGGAUGAAGGAGAAGGAGAGGAUGCUGCGCACGGACGAGAAGGAUGACAGCGUGGAUACUGCCAAGAGGAAGUAUGAGAAAUUCGUAACGGACCUCUCAGCGGCUUCCAAGCGCUUGGAGCACAUUGACGCGGCCGCGGAAGAGCUGGUGGCCGCGAAGCACGGCCAAGCCGCCAAGGCGACGGCGAGGAGGCAGCAGUUGCGGCAGCAGUGGGACAGGCUGCUGCGUCUGAAGCAGCAGAAGGAGAAGAGCUUGGAGGGCGCUUCCAGCGUGGAGCUGUUCAACCGCACGUGCGACGAGGCGCUCGACUGGAUGUGCGAGAAGGAGCAGCAGCUGGAGGUGAGCAGCGCGCCGGCCGCCGACCUGCGCACCGUGCAGGCGCUGCAGCGCCGCCACGCGCAGCUCGAGCGCGAGCUGGAGCCGCUGCGGGAGAAGGUGCACACCGUCACGCUGCUGGCCGACUCCGUCAAGUCGCAGUACCCAAGCGAGCGCGCCAACGUGGAGGGGAGACAGAAGGAGAUAGAGAGCAUGUGGGUGCGCUGCCAGGCGCAGGCCGCGGACAGGAGGAGCCGGCUGGAGAGCGCCGUGGGUCACCAGAUAUUUGGAAACAGCAGCGCGCAGCUACAGGAUUGGGUGCAGAAAGUGCGAGAGCAAGUGUCCUCAGACGUGACGGCGAAGGACGUGGCCACCGCCGAGGCGCUGCUGAAGGACCACCAGGAGCUGCAGGAUGACAUCAAGGCCCAUGAUGAUGAAUUCAAAGAGGUCAUCGGCCUCGGCAAACAGCUGUUGGCCACUAACCCAAAUCUGACUGACGUCAAAGACAAGAUACGGCAGUUGGAGGCGGAGCAAAAGGCCGUGCAUAAGGAAUGGCAAGACAAAGACCAAUACCUGAAGCAGCUGCUGCAGCUGCAGAGCUUCAACCGCGAGGCGGACCAGAUCGACGCGUGCAGCGGCGCGCACGAGGCCUUCCUCGAGUACAAGGAGUAUGGGGCGUCAGUGGACGAGGCGGAGACGCUGGUGAAGCGGCAGGAGGAGGCGGAGGCGCGGCUCGCGGCGCAGGACGAGCGCGUCGCCGCCUUCGCGCAGCGCGCCGCCGCGCUGCUGCCGGCGCACCACGCGAGCGACCAUAUAAUUGCUCGACGAGAUGCCGUGCUCCAGCGACGAGAGAAAGUGAGACAGGCGCUGGCCGAGCGACGCCGGGCGCUGCUUGCUAACUUGGCUCACCAGCAGUUCGUGGCGUCCACGGAGGAGCUGCAGGCUUGGAUUCAAGACAAGACUCGCACGGCGAACGACCAGAGUUACAGAGAAUUGGCCAAUUUGGAGCGCAAACUACAAAAACACGAAGCGUUCGAGAGAGAGUUACAAUCGAAUGAGAAACAACUUCGAAAUGUGGAGAGUAUCGGACAAUCACUGCAAAAGUCGGAUCCGAGUCGCGCCAAAAUCAUAUCAGACCGUCUGGCGAAGCUGCAGACUGGUUGGGAGACGCUCGUCGCGGCGUCGCGCGAUAAGGGCAGCAAGUUGAGACAGGCCGCUCAGCAGAGACAGCAUAGACGAGCCGUAGAAGACGCCAAAGCACGCUUGGCUGAGUUAGAGCGAGCUCUGAACAGCGAAGAAAUCGGUACGGACUUGAGGAGUUGCAAGAGACUGCUGAAUCAGCAUCAGGCCCUGGAGCAAGAGCUGAGCCAGAUGGAGCAGCGGGCGGAAGCGUUGUCCGUGCAGGGCGCAGACCUAGUGUCCGGGGGGCACUUCGAUAGCGCCGCCAUACAGCGCGACUGCGCAGCCUUGCAGGAGGCAUGCGCUGCGCUGAGGCCCCGGGCCAAGGAGCGCCGGAGGGCCCUGGAAAAUAGCCUGCAACUGCACAAGCUAGCAGCGGAAGUGGUAGCGGAGACGGCAUGGGUAGAGGAACGUAGGGCUGCCGCAUCGUCCACCAGCCUGCCGCAGGACUUGCACGCGGCGCAAACUGCUCAGAAGCGACACGCCAAGCUACGCGCUGAGCUGCAGGGGCGAAGCCCUAACGUGGCGCGCGUGCUGGAUACGGGCAAGCAGCUACCGGAUAACCCGCAGGCGGAUAAGAUCAAGAAGCUGUGCACGGAGCUGGAGCAGGCGUACAGCGAGGUGUCGGCGGCGGCGGAGGAGCGCGCCGCGCGGCUGGAGACGGCGCUGCGGGCGCAGCAGUUCAUGCACGACGCGCUCGAGGUGGACUCGUGGCUCGCCGACAAGGCGGCCGAGCUGGCCAGCGCCGACGUCGGCAACGACAGGCAUCGCGCCACGCAGCUGCUGACCAGGCACAAGGCGGUGGAGCUAGAGUUGGACACGUACGCGGCCAUAAUCGCCGAGAUGGGUCACGUGGCUGGUGCCAUGUGCUCCGGCGGUGGAGAGAGCGGAGAGGGUGCGGAACUGGUGGAGCGGCACCAGCAGCUCGCCGCCAGCCUGCAGCGGCUGCAGCGCCGCGCCGCGCUGCGGCAGGCCGCGCUUGUGGAGAGCGUGUGCAGACACGAAUAUCUCGCCGAAAGCGCAGAACUAGAGAGCUGGAUUCAGGAACAGUACGGUGCUGCCUCCAGCGAAGACUAUGGGCAGGAUUACGAGCACCUUCUGGUGCUCCGAUCCAAAUUUGAGGAACUCCGUCAUCGCGUGGAAAGCGGCGCGGAGAGAUUCAGCCAGUGCGAGGAACUGGCUAAGAAGCUGUUGGCGUCGAACAGCCCCUACAUUGGGGACAUUGAGAAGCGCCAGGAGGCUUUGGGCGAGUCGUGGCAGCGUCUAGUGGAGCAGAUCGAGUCGCGCGGGCGGCGCCUGCACGCGGCCGGCGAGAUCCACCGCUACCACCGCGACGCGGGCGAGCUGCUGGCGCGCGCCGCCUCGCGCCGCGCGCGCCUCGCGCCGCCGCCGCCGCCGCGCGACCUGCGCGCCGCGCACGCGCUGCUGCGCGACCACGCCACCGCCGAGAACGACCUGCUCGCCAUCGACGCGCAGAUGCAGGUGUUACAAGAAGAAGGCACCCGUCUCCAGAAGUUAUGUCCAGGUGGCAACGAGCAGCAGAUAGCGCUGAGACAGCGAGCGCUGACGGAGGCUUGGAACUCGCUGCGAGCAGCCGCUGAUGAGAGGAAGAAGGCGCUGCACCAUCAUUAUGAGCUUCAGCAGCUGUUGUCUGAGAUCCGCGACGUGACCUCCUGGUCCUCCGAACUCCGCGGACAGAUGUCCUCCUCCCUGGGUGCGCGCUCAGCCGCGGCCGCGCAGGCGCAGCGCGCGCACCACGACGCGCUGCGGGCGGAGAUUGAUGCGCGCGACGACACGUUCAGAGAUGCGCUCGCGCAUGGACAGGAUCUUGUGGACGCUGGACAUCCCGCGGCACAGGAGAUAGAAGAGCGCUGCUCCGCGCUGGUGGAAGAGAGGGCGCGGCUGCACGCCGCGUGGGCGGCGCGGCAGGUGGCGCUGGACCAGCUGAUCGACUGGCACUGCUUCCUGCGCGACGCCAAGCAGCUGCACGACCUGUGCGCCGCGCAGGAGGCCGCGCUCGGUACGGAAAUAUCGCCGACGCUCAGUGUUGAGGAAGUAGACAAUUUGCUGAAAAAGCACGAAGCAUUCGAGAAACUUCUCGCGACACAGGAUGAGAAGUUAUCCACCCUCAACAGUCACGGCGAUAAGCUGCUGCAGCAGAACCACGUGGAGAGCCAGCGGAUCGCUGACGAGCUGCGAGCCAUCAACGAGAGGAGGAAGAAGCUGUACGCAACGGCCGGCGAGCGGCGCGGGCGGCUGGUGCGCGCGCGCGCGCGGGCGCAGUUCAGCCGCGACGCGGGCGAGGCGCGCGGCUGGCUCGCCGACAAGCUGGCCAUGCUCAAUGCGCAACACGGCGAGGGCACAAGCCUCGAGGACAAGAUGAAGCGCCUCCAGAAACACCAGGCGUUCACCGCCGAGCUGGCCGCGAACAGAGCUCGCCUCCAGGAAGUGGAGGAGCUGGCUGCCCAGCUGGGCCCCGAGAAGGAGGUGGUCCAAGAGUUGCAACAGCUGCGCGAGGACUGGAAGAGGCUGGAGACCGCUGCCGAGGAGACUGGUCGUGGUCUGGAAGAGGCGCAGGAUAUCCUGGAGUUCAAUCAACAUCUGGACAAAAUCGAGGCCUGGAUCAGGGACAAGGAAAUGAUGGUGCAAGCCAACGAGGUGGGCCGCGACUACGAGCACUGCAGCGCGCUGCUGCGCAAGCUGGACGACCUGGACAGCGACAUGCAGGUGGACGACAAGCACGUGCGCAACGUGUGCGCGCUCGCCGACCGCCUGCUGCGCCAGGGACCGUCACAACAAGCGGGCGCGGUGCAGGCGCGGCGGGACGCCUGCCUCUCCAAGUGGCAGGCGCUCAGCGGAGCCCUACAACGCUACAAGGACAGGUUGUCCAACGCGCUGCAACUGCAUUCGUUCAAUAGGGACGUGGAGGACACGUCGGAGCGGAUAGCCAAGAAGGCCGCCCUGUUCAGCAGCAGCGAGCGGGGCCGCGAGCUGCAGGCGGCGCACGAGCUGAAGCGGCGCCACCGGGCCAGGGCCGCGGAGGCCUCCGCCAUCGGCGACAAGAUACACGCGCUGCGGACACAGGGCACCGCGCUCGCUGAGAGCCAACCAGAGCACGCGGCUGAAAUAGAAGAGAGCCUACGCGGACUGGACGAGGCGUGGGACAAGUUGAAGGAGUUGGGAGAAAAGAGAAGCGCUCUACUCGACGAGGCUAUCGCGGAGCACAAGUUCGACGAGAGUCUUAAGGAACUGGAGUUGUGGGUGUCGGAAACUGUCAAACGCAUGUCGGGGGCGGAGCCCGAGAGCGUCGCGCACGCCGAAGCCCUACUUGAAAUGCAUAAUGAGAGAAAGGCGGAAAUAGACGGCCGUCAGAAGGCGAUCGCGUCACUGCAGAAGGAGGCGGAACAGUCGAAUGUGCCGGAGAAGAUCAAGAGAGUGGAGAAGCUCUCCUCCAGUCUGGACCAGGCGUGGCUGCAGAGGAAGAACUAUUUGACACAGGCUCACGAACUGCAAGUGCUGAACGAGCAAGCUCGCUUGGUCGAGGACUGGCUCGCGGCGAAGGAGGCGUUCCUAAACAAUGACGAUCUCGGUGAAAAUCUGGAUGCCGUCGAGACACUCAUCCGCAAACACAUAGAAUUCGCGAAACUCCUUGACUCUCAAAUGGGUCGAGUCGAAGAGCUGGAGAAGUUCGGUGGCAGUCUACUGAGCAAGCAGCACCAGGACGCGGAGUAUAUAGAGACGAGGAUAAGGGCUGUUCGAGCGAGGGCGGACAAGCUGAGGGAGAGUUGCAGUAGCCGCGGCAACAAGCUGGAGCAGUCGAAGCAACUGCACCAGUUCCUGCGCGACCUGACGCACGAGCGCGAGUGGAUCGAGCUGAAGAUGCAGAUCGCGAACGACCACAGCUAUCGGGAGCUAUCGAAUCUCCAAUCGAAAAUGGAGAAGCAAUCGGCGUUCGAAUCGGAGUUGGCGGCGAACAAACGCCGCAUCGACGACGUCGCCGCAACCGGCGAGAAACUGAUCGAGUCGAACCAUUACGCGUCGCAAGAGAUCGCGAGGCACGUCGAGGACCUGGAGAAUCUGUGGACGGAAUUACAGCACGCGGCGAAGCUCCGCCGCGAGCGUUUACAAGAGGCGUACCAGGCGCGCGUGUUCCUGCGCGGGCUGGACGACUUCGCCGCGUGGCUGGACGACGUCGAGACGCAGCUGCUCAGCGAGGACCACGGCAAAGACCUAUCCUCGGUCUGUGCAUUGCUCAAAAAGCACACGCGGCUCGAGCAAGCCGUCACGAGCAAGUCGGAAGUUGCGACACAACUGGCCGACACCGCCACUCAUCUCGCUGACACUGGCCACUUCAUGUCGCAGGAGAUAUUGGAUAAGACGGAGCAGGCUGUUAAACGCUACCGUCAACUCCAAGAGCCCAUACAGAUUCGACGCGACAACUUGGAAGACGCCGCCCUGUUGCACCGCUGGGAGAGGGACGCCGACGAAGAAUUGCAUUGGCUAAAGGAACGCGAAGGGGCCGUGCGCUCGGAAGAGAUGGGGGCCACUCUGCCGGAGGCUCAGGCCUUACUCAAAAAGCAUUCGGCGCUUGAAGCUGAGAUUAUUGCGCGCGAAUCGACGAUAAACGCGGUGUGCAGUCGCGCCCUGGCGCUCGCCCGGCGCGGACACUUCGCGGGCGGCGCGCUCGAAGCGAGCUCGAGGGACCUGAAGAACUCGCUGAAGAACCUUCUGGAAGCGGCCGCUUUGAGGUCCACCGCGCUUAAAGAGAGGGUGCACUCGUUGCAGCUGCUAUCAGAGAUGUGGGAGGCGGAAGCGUGGCUGGCGGAGAGGAAGAGCGCCCUCUCCGGGGGAGACACGGGAAGGGAUGAGGAGUCGGUGCUCGGGCUGGUGAGGAGGCUGGAGGCGCAGCAGAGGGAGCUGGCUGCGUUCCUGCCCUCCGUCACUCGAUUGGAGAAGGCCGCUCAGGAACGCGUGAACGAAGACGACGUCGUCAAGAAGAAGAUGGAAGAGCUGAAGGAGAUGUGCGAAGAGAUCAAACUGCUCUCCGCCAAGCGGCAGCAGCGGCUGCAGCAGAGCUUGAAGUACUUCAAGUUCGUACAAGAAUGCGAGGAGGUUCAGGAGUGGAUCGGCGAGCAGAUGACGGUGGCGGCCAGCGAGGAGUACGGCCUGGACGUGGAGCACGUGGACACGCUGCAGCAGGCCUUCGACAACUUCCUUCAGCAGCUGAACGCAAGCGAAGGUCGCAUCGAGGCCGUCUGCGAAGCGGGCACCGCGCUUCUAGAAGAGAACACCCCCGAAGCGGACAGAGUGAAACAGAAGAUCGAAGAUAUACGCGGCCUGUGGGAUGACCUGAAGGAACUGGCCGUUGCCCGGCAGGAGGCGCUGGCGGGCGCGCGGCAGGUGCACGAGUUCGACCGCUCUGCGGAAGAGACGCUCGCCUGGGUCGCCGAGAAGGAGGCCACGCUGCAGCUGCUGCGCGAGCUGCACCAGCUGAAGGCGCUCGCUGCCGACGUGGACGCGAUCAGGGAGAAGCACAAGCACCUGCGCAACGAGGCCGACAGGUUGGGCGCGGCGUUCCCGGACGCGCGCGAGCACGUGCAGGCGAAGCUGGAGGACGUGUCGGACGCGCUGCGCGCGCUGGAGGGCAGCGCCGCGCGCUGCGACCAGCAGCUGCAGCUCGCCGGACAGCUGCAGGCCUACUUCGACACCUACCAGGAGCUCAUGGCGUGGGCCAACGAGACGAUGGCCCGCGUGACGGCGCCCGAGCUGGGCGCGGACGUGGCGGCGGCCGAGCGGCUGGUGGCGCGCCACGCGGACAUCGCCGCCGAGAUGGACGCCAAGGAGGACGCGUUCAACACAUUCUAUGCGGACGGCGAGAAGCUGGUGAGCGAGGGCCACUUCCUGUCGAGCGAGGUGGAGGGGCGGAUGUCGGCGCUGCGCGCGCGGCGCGCGGCGCUCGCGCACGCGUGGCGCGCGCGCGCGCAGAUCUACGAGCACCACCUCGACGCGCUCGUGUUCCUGCGCGACGCCGACGCGCUCGACCACUGGAUCAGCGCGAGAGUGCCGCUGGUGAGGGACGGCAAGUACGGCGACAGCGUGGCGCAAACCGAGGAGCUGAUUAACCGGCACCGCGACCUGGAGGAGACGAUAGACGCGCAGCGGGACCGGUUCAACGCACUGAAGAGGAUCACGCUGAUCGAAAAAGCGUUCAAAGAGCAGAAACAAGAGGAGGAGCAGGCGAGGCGAAGGCACGCGGAACAACAGGAGGUGGAGAGGAUGCAACUGGUGAAGAGGAGGGAGAUGGAGAGGAUCGCGGAGGAGCGGCGCCGGGAAAGCGGCUCGCAGCAGGGCAGACCAGAGCUGGAGCGGCAACUGAGCAACCAGGCCGAGAGCGUGGUCUCCUCGGAAGAGACGUACACGCCGGCGCCGCAGUUCGAGCGCUUGCCCAAAGCGGACGCGCUCGUCAAGAGGGCCGAGAGCAUGAGCGUCGGCACAAAGACACCGAAGCGGACCCCCUCGUUCACGACCCGCCGCAGGACGCAGAGCUUCCGCAGACACCGCCAGCCGGACGAGCUGCCGCCCGUGGAGAUCGAAGGUUAUCUGGAACGCAAGCAGGAGGCGGGCGUGGGCGGCAAGCGCGCCACGGUGCGCUCGUGGCGCUCGUACUACGGCGUGCUGUGCGGCCAGCUGCUGUGCUUCUUCCGGGACCAGGGCGACUUCGCCAGCUCCAAGGCCGCCGCCCCACCCGUCGCCAUACUUAACGCGCGUUGCGAGCCGGCGAGCGACUACACGAAGCGCGCGCACGUGUUCCGGCUCGCGUGCACGGACGGUGCGGAGUACCUGUUCGCGUGCACCGCCCGCGACCUGAUGCUGGACUGGGUCGCCAAGAUAUCCUUCCACGCCGCGCUGCCUCCGCAGCUGCAGCUCACGCCGUACGCAUCGGGCGCUUCGCCCGCUGACGACGUGCGGAGGAGGCUCAGGAACGCGUCGACGUCGUCGUCGGGCGCGUCGUCGCCGGACGCGCAGCGCAGCGUGCGCACGCAGAGCGAGAUCCUGCAGGAGCACAGGGCCUCCGCCGAGAGGGUCAUAGAAUCCGCAGUGCUCCCUUCGUUGCCUCCGAGACAACCGCCCGCUCAAGAUGACGGCUCAGAAGUUAUUCUGAGAAACUCGGAGCAGGCGAGCGGGUCAUGGGGUCGCUCCCGUUUCUCCAACGGUCGGGACAUCAAUGCGGAGUUCAUCAAGUCGCAGAAGGAAGCAUAUGGCGGUAACAGCGGCAACAGCACUCGGCCGGCGUCAGUGGCUGGGAGCGGCGGCUCACCGGCUCUCGACCAGAGACCGGCUUCCAGGUCAUCUGGCGAAUCGGAGUUGUCGGUGGGCGGCACGAAAGAGAAGAAAGACAAGAAAGGUGUGUUCGGCGGCCUGUUCAGCAGGAAGAAGAGACCGCAGAGUCAUAUGUAAUCGAUAUUAUUGUCAACGAUUAUUUAUUUCUUAAAAUUAGAAGGCGGGAAACGCGCACGUCAUUCGAAAUGUAAAAAUUUGACAUGCGUCAAAACACCGUCGGUCGGUGUUGCCGUAUCGAGAAAUCUUGUCUAUUUUGUGCCUUUUAUGUAGAUAUAGUUUAGUCUGUAAGCUAUGUAUGUGCCUUUUUAUUAUCUUUCUUUUUUCGCGCUAGGCGAUUUAUAUAUUUUUUUAUCGUAAUGAUCAAUUUUACAUUCCUCAUGUCACAAAGAAACAUUGGGACCAAUUUUUUAAAGCGAUUAUUAACUGCCAGUACAUUCCAAAGCAUUCUGAAGAAAUAGUUAUUGCAAAAAAUUGAUUUUUACAAAAUGUAUUUAAUUAAAUAUGAAAUUGCAUAAUUAUUUUUAUUUAACAUCACUCAACGAUAUUAUAUUUAACUUGUAAACUUUUUCUUUCAUUUCUAUCGCAUAACUGGUGUUUUGAUGAACGGAUAAAUAUAAUUUAAUGAUUAAUUUAAUAUUAUUAAUUUUUCAUUAUUUCCACAUUUCGUGAAUAUAUAUUUUUUAAUAUAAAGUACAAUAUAACCACCUUGUUAUGUUAAGACGUUGAUUUUCCCAAGUUUAUGAACGUUAUACAAUUUUUUGCUGACGCUAUGUAAUGCUGUCUCGCUCUAACAGUAUACAAUAGAAUGGGACGGCGUGAUUUGAAUACAUAUUAUAUCAGGAAGCAAGCAAAGGAGAUAGAAAUAAAAAAAUAAAUGUGUCAAAAAUCAACUUUAUUUGUCUAAUAACAGAAUCAUUGUUAAUAUUGAAAGAAUAAAAGGCGUUGGUAGGACGUAAUUUGUUAUUUAGCGUAAUCACGUUUAUUAUGAUAGGUCGUUGGUAUGGAAAAUGACCAUAGAAGACCAAUUUUAACUUUUGGACCAAUUUUGCCUUAAUAUUGUAAGUGUACUACAUUAUGUUACUAUUUUAAGUUUGAUGUAUGAAAUAUAUAUUUUGCAUAAU